CUGCCUCGCGGGCUGCGCGUUAGUUCUGGUGUCACCCGGGCAAUGCGUGUCUCCUGCUGUUGAUGAAUCAUCUCCGAGGACGAUGGAUCAUGCUGAAGAAAAUGACAUCCUUGCGGCAGCCCAGAAGUACUGUGUGGACAGGCCUAUCUUCAGUCAUCCCGUCCUCCAGGAACGGCUACACACAAAGGAGAAGAUUUCCGACUCCAUUGGGGAUAAGCUGAAACAAGCGUUCACAUGUACUCCUAAGAAGAUAAGGAAUAUCAUUUACAUGUUUCUGCCCAUAACUAAGUGGUUGCCUGCGUAUAAGUUCAAGGAGUAUGUGUUGGGUGACUUGGUCUCAGGCAUAAGCACAGGAGUGCUUCAGCUUCCGCAAGGUUUAGCCUUUGCAAUGUUGGCAGCCGUGCCGCCGGUGUUCGGCCUGUACUCCUCAUUUUACCCUGUCAUCAUGUACUGCUUCUUUGGAACCUCCAGACACAUCUCCAUCGGGCCCUUUGCGGUGAUUAGCCUGAUGAUCGGUGGCGUGGCCGUUCGCUUGGUACCGGAUGACAUCGUGAUUCCCGGAGGCGUCAAUGCAACCAACGGCACAGAAGCCAGAGAUGCCUUGCGAGUGAAAGUCGCCAUGUCGGUGACCUUACUUUCAGGAAUCAUUCAGUUUUGCCUAGGUGUCUGCAGGUUCGGAUUUGUAGCCAUAUACCUCACAGAACCGCUGGUCCGGGGGUUUACCACCGCCGCCGCUGUGCACGUCUUCACCUCCAUGCUGAAGUACCUGUUUGGCGUUAAAACCAAGCGGUACAGUGGCAUCUUUUCCGUGGUAUAUAGUACAGUUGCUGUGUUGCAGAAUGUUAAAAACCUCAACGUGUGUUCCCUAGGCGUCGGGCUGAUGGUUUUUGGUUUGCUGUUGGGCGGCAAGGAGUUUAAUGAGAGAUUUAAAGAGAAAUUGCCAGCACCGAUUCCUUUAGAGUUUUUUGCGGUGGUCAUGGGGACCGGCAUUUCAGCGGGGUUUAACUUGAAAGACUCGUACAACGUGGAUGUUGUUGGAACACUUCCUCUGGGGCUCCUCCCUCCAGCCAAUCCGGACACCAGCCUCUUCCACCUGGUGUACGUGGAUGCCAUUGCCAUAGCCAUCGUUGGAUUCUCAGUGACCAUCUCAAUGGCAAAGACGUUGGCAAAUAAGCAUGGCUACCAGGUUGAUGGCAAUCAGGAGCUCAUUGCGCUGGGACUGUGCAAUUCCAUCGGCUCACUGUUCCAGACCUUCUCGAUUUCAUGUUCCUUGUCACGCAGCCUGGUUCAGGAGGGCACUGGUGGGAAGACGCAGCUCGCAGGUUGUCUGGCCUCGUUAAUGAUUCUUCUGGUGAUAUUAGCCACGGGAUUCCUCUUUGAGUCAUUACCCCAGGCUGUGCUGUCGGCCAUCGUGAUCGUCAACCUGAAAGGGAUGUUUAUGCAAUUCUCAGACCUCCCCUUCUUCUGGAGAACCAGCAAAAUAGAGUUGACCAUCUGGCUUACCACCUUUGUUUCCUCUUUGUUUCUGGGAUUGGACUAUGGUUUGAUUACUGCUGUGAUCAUUGCUCUGAUGACUGUCAUUUACAGAACACAGAGCCCUAGCUACAAAGUCCUCGGACAGCUUCCUGAUACAGAUGUGUAUAUUGAUAUAGAUGCCUAUGAGGAGGUAAAAGAAAUUCCUGGAAUUAAAAUAUUCCAAAUAAAUGCCCCGAUUUAUUAUGCAAAUAGUGACUUGUAUAGCAGUGCAUUAAAAAGAAAGACGGGCGUGAACCCAGCCCUCAUAAUGAGCGCCCGGAGAAAGGCCAUGAAGAAGUACGCAAAGGAAGUCGGAAAUGCAAACAUGGUCAACGCAACUGUCGUCAAAGCCGACGCAGAGGCUGAUGGAGAAGAUGGUGCCAAGCCUGAGGAAGAGGCCGACGAGAUGAAAUAUCCCCCGAUUGUCAUCAAAAGCACAUUUCCCGAAGAGAUGCAGAGAUUCAUGCCUCCGGGGGACACCAUCCACACGGUCGUUCUCGAUUUCACACAGGUCAAUUUUGUUGACUCUGUUGGAGUGAAAACCCUGGCAGGGAUUGUCAAAGAAUAUGGCGAUGUCGGUAUUUAUGUGUACUUUGCAGGAUGCAGUGCUCAAGUCGUGAACGACCUCACUCGAAAUAACUUUUUUGAAAAUCCUGCUUUACUGGCUCUGCUGUUCUAUAGCAUUCACGAUGCAGUCUUAGGCAGCCAAGCCCGAGAGGCCCUUGCUGAACAAGAAGCCACGGCCCUUCCGCCCCAGGAGGACUCUGAGCCCAACGCCACUCCAGAGGCCUAGAGGACAGAUUCAGCCUAGCGCCGUUAAGAACCUCUUGCGAAUCACGAUUUUCCACAUGUUAAAUACUAGACACUAGGAUCUUUUUCUAAGCUUCCAGACUAGUAGUCAGGGCUUGAUUUGGAGGGUGAAUGGCACGUGGCAAGAUGCACCUUACGUGUAUGUGUGUGUGUGUGUCUGUGGUUUUUAAAACUGACUAUUUCAAGGAUAAUUCAGAUUGGCCUCUUGCCUGCAUUGAUGAUGCAGUGAUGUUUCUGUUACGUUUUAGUAUUUUCUUUGCAAACCAAGCACAUAACAAUGUGUUUCCUCUAAAUGCUUUACCUACAAAAGCGAUGUGCUGUCUGUCACCAGAUGAAUGGGUUUAGGUACUUGUUGGUCUAUAGACCUUCUGUCAUCAGGGUUACCGAACACAGGAAGGAAACCCAUCAUUUUCUACCUGUUCUUGUUUUAAAAUAAUCUUGUAUUACUUUAGAAGCAAUAGAAGUACAGCGCAGAGAGUUAUAAACAGUAGACCAAGCAAAAAUAAUGUCAUAUUUCUCUGGGCAACUACCACUAUUACCACCUUAAUGCAUAGCUUUCAGGUCUUUUUCUAUGCAUUUCUGUAUGUUUGUGGACUAAAAAUAAUUCUCUAC